AUGGGUUCAUCAGAGUAUUCAGUCUACACUGGCUUCUGGACCAACUGGACCGAUGGCAAGGUCAUGGGCGCAACCCUCACCCUCAACCGCUCUAAUGCCAACUUGCUGAUCGCCUUUCUCGCAUUCUUUCUCACCAUUGUCACUACUCGACUCUGGGCCAUCAUCUCAUUCAUUAUCCAUAUCAAUCUAUCCAGUCCAGAUCCUAGAGAUGCAUUACAUCACCAGCGCCAAGCCCUGCUUCGCAACAAUGGCGGUCCGAUGGGUGCCUCAUUGUCCUUGAUUAAGCUUGCUUGGAUGUGGAGGAAGAGUACGGGGACAUACCGCAGAGUUUUGCCACUUUUAUUGGGUGCUCUUCUUCUCGCUCUUGGCUUUGCUGUAGCCGCGGGUUUCUCGUCUAGGGUCAGUCGAGGGAGUGAAGUACUUCUGCUCCCUAAAAGUUGCGCGUUAUAUUAUCCUCCAAACGACAUGAUUUAUCGCUCUAAUUAUCUAGAUUGGCAAUCUAUAAUGGACACGGAAGCAGCUAGCUACGCCCAGUCAUGCUACUCAAACGUGUCCACAAACUCGGCAUCUAGCUGCAUCAACCAUCCCUAUGUCCAACAACGACUCCCAGUCACGGUGGAUUUUCAGGCGCCUUGCCCAUUUGACUCGGAUUUGUGCGCAUUGAACACGCCUGGAAUGAUUCUAGACUCUGGGAGACUCGAUUCGCAUGAGCAUUUCGGAAUCAAUGCGCCUCCGGGACAGCGAUUCCAGUUCCGUCGAGUUCUGCAUUGCGCACCGCUAAGGGCGGCCGGCCACACUGACACUUUUGAGUACACGACAAACACUUCGUUCACGAGAUAUUUCUUUGGAGAAACAGACGCUACAAAGUACACCUACGAGUAUCCUAGCGUGAAUAACAUUGUCGACAUGACCAUGAAUGGCGAUAAUGAUACCCGCUGGAGGAAUAGCGACUACAACUUGAAACUGAAUUACGCCUUUCCUCAUAAUGGAUCACUCGAUACACCUGUGGCAACAUGGUCAUUCCGCCCGCUGCCAGGGCUCUAUAAGGAAGAUGCCGACAUGAUGCUCAUCUUCUUGAGUCCCAACCAGGUCCAAUUUCAGUACCCUACCGCGGAUCCAUGGUACAAUAACUCGCAGACGUCCAUUAGCUAUAAGAUGGAUUUAUUUGAAGGGGGUGAGUCCUUUGAGGCCGAGUGGUGGUAUGCCGCUGAGCCAGCAUCGCCACUGGCUUGCCACCAACAGUCGCAGUGGUGUUUUGGGAACGGCGCUGAGGCGAAAUGUACACCACUUGCGCCCAUCAGCGACUUGCCGUCUUACGCGCGAAACAUAACGGAUAGAUCAAGUUAUAAUCGAGCAGGCUGGGUGGACAGCAUCUUCAACACCCAAGGCAACUCGGAAUUUCCAUCCAUUGCCAAGACACUUGGAAGUAAAUCGCUUACGUCGCGCUUUGCUUUGAACUUGGGGCGGCAAGGCACACUCACCGCUAAUCAAUGGCAACACGAUGUUGGCUUUUGGUACGAUUCGAUGCUGGCAAGAUUGCAACAAGCAAUCGUUCGGACUGUCAUGGGCGAUAUCCCGGACGAGCCAGAGUUCAUCAAACCGGCCAAGACGGACGAGGCGCGCUCCAUCUGUGCAAACCAGAAAGUUAUUGACUUGGUUCAUGUAUCUUUGAGCGUGUUUGGCCUUGCAUUCAUCUUCGUGUCUGGGCUCUUGAUCAUUAUCAUAUCCUAUAUCCUUGAACCGCUGACCCGUUGCGCCGGUCGACGUCUGGGUAAGAACUCGUAUGCCCGACUCGAAUGGUACUCAACGGGAGUCUUCCAACUGCAACGUAUGGCACACGAGGCCCUUGGAGUCGGGGACUGGGACUAUUGCGGGGACGACAUACCUACCACGGCUGCUGGAACGACGCUCGCUUUGCUCGAUAUUUCGGAUGAGAAUCACCCGUUCUUGAAAGCCGACACGGCUCGAAAUGUUCAGAAUGCCGCUAAAACAACUGAAAAGCCAUCACACACUGUUCAAAGUACCGAGACAAUGGUUGUGGCUGCAGAUACAGUAGACAGUCAGCGUGGGUCGCAAGAGUUGAACAGCAAAGAGGUUGCCAGCACCGGAAAUACAGACAGACCAACAUCGGAUAAUGAGGACCCCUCAAGAAUAUUGGAUCCGCCGGCGCUACAAAUGCCGUCAUCCUCAAGACUUGCUUCAGCCACAGAUGGCGAAUUGCAUUGGAAUGGUAAUGAGGCUCUCUCAAUAUCGGAUUCACACAUGACAACCGACCGCCGUAGUGGACUGUCGCCACAAUCAAAUUCACCGUCAACAAUACCGCAGAUCUCUUUCGAGCUAUCGCCAACCCGGUCGUCAGCUGAAGAUUUUGCACUGGCAUAG